CUCUCAGUGCGUGGCGGGCGAGGGCGUGUGUGUAUCUCCGGUCUCUCGCGAACACUUGAGUGUAGCUGCCACCACGCCCGCCGCCACGGACACACCUCACCCACUCGGCGCCAUGACAGCCGUGGAGCUGGAGCAGGAGGAAGAGAUCAACGUGGAUGGUGACAGUCGCCCCGGGUCUCCCGAUCCGCCGCUAUGCCCCACUGCCCUGCGCCCCUCCGCUGCCCCGAUGCCCAAACCGGCCGUCAAUGCCGCCAGGCUCUCUUUUAGCAUAUCGGCGCUACUCGGCGACAAAGAUCGCACCAGUGACGAGGACGAGAGGCGGGUGGAGACCGACGACGACGACGACCACGACGACGACGAGGAGAGUUACGAGGAGGUCGUAGACGACUACCACGGCGGCUAUGGCACAUUUGCCGGCUUGCCGCACCACUACGGCCCCCUGGCCGGAGGAGCGCCCACGGUGUUACGUGUUCCGGCCCACAGACCCUUGGGCAUGGGGUACCCUGGCCUCCCAGGGCUCGGGGGCGGCCACCCUUGGAUUCCCGGCUUGCCAGUGCCACCAUUUGACCGACCCACUGCCCUGGCACCGCACUACCCGACCCUUGACAGGCUCACAGGUCCCUUCCCGCUCUCCCGACGGGUUGGUCAUCCUUACCAGAGUAGGACGCCCCCAAAGCGCAAGAAGCCUCGCACCUCCUUCACCAGAGUUCAGGUGAACGAGCUGGAGAAGAGGUUCAACAAACAGAAGUAUCUGGCUUCCAGCGAGAGAGCCCAACUGGCUAAGCAACUCAACAUGACGGAUGCUCAGGUCAAGACCUGGUUCCAGAACCGCAGAACCAAGUGGAGAAGGCAGGCAGCGGAGGAACGGGAGGCUGAACGACAAGCAACUAAUCGCUUGAUGAUGUCGCUGCAGGCGGAAGCCCUCUCUAAGGGCCUGCUCACCGACCCACCCACCACGCCCCUCUACAACUCCAACGCCUCUCUCUGCGCCCUGGAGAACAUCAAGCCGUGGGCGGAGAGGAACAAGCCUACGCCCACGGGGCCGGAGCAGGACCCCUACGGGAGUACUCCUGUCGUGUCGCCCACCUGCUCCUGAAGGCUGCAGGAGUCGCUCCCCAGCUUCAAUCCCGUGAGCUUCGGUCUGCCAUAUUCCUCCUCCUGGACUCCUCGUUCUGGGAAAUAAUACUCAACUCGUCUGCAUUUGGCGUUCGUCGGUGGCGCUCGAAGUCGCCGAUUUCCCGCUCGAAGUCACCGAUUUCCCGCUCGAAGUCACCGAUUUCCCGCUCGAAGUCACCGAUUUCCCGCUCGAAGUCACCGAUUUCCCGCUCGAAGUCACCGAUUUCCUGCUCGAAGUCACCGAUUUCCCGCUCGAAGUCAGCGGUUUCGGAUAUUUCUAGAGAUUUCUAGAGAAUCGCCCAGUUACAUAUGUAAAUUUAAUUCAUCUUCUACGUCUAAAUUUCACGUGUUUCGACGUGUAAAUGACUGUUUUUCGACGUCGGCGUAGAAUUUGGGUUUCUACAUCCACUAGACUUUGCCCACUUCGAGGCCAGUGUCUGAAUAUUGACUUCGAUGUUCACGCAGGAGUCGACAGAGCUCGGCUUUUGCGUCUAGAAUCGAUUCAUUUCAGCACCUUCCUCUAGCAACAGGCAGCGACGUCGUAUAUAUGGCUGGCUGGAGGCCUAGUCGAGGACCGGGCCGCGGGGACGUUGAGCCCGUGAGAACUGGAUAAGCACCUCCAAAGGAUACCUGAUCAACCAGGCUGUGACUCAUACGUCAGGCUGCGAGCAGCCGCGUCUAACAGCCUGGUUGAUCAGUCCAGCAACCAGGAGGCCUGGUCGACGACCGGGCCGCGGGGACGUUGAACCCCGAAAUCAUCAAACGGUAACCGGCUGCUCCUUCGAGGUCUGAGCACUAAACCCGCUACCACGCGAGCGUUCACUAAUCAUUGAACGGGACCAUUUGAACAAAUUUAAAAAUAUAUAUUUGCAAUGGACACUAAGGAACAGACAAACUUCCUCGCUACCUAUAUGACCGCUUGACAAACCAGUGAGAGACACGGUGCAAACAAUGACCAUAAACAAGAGUUAUAGGCGUCGACUUGUCACCUAUAUAAUGUUACUUCCUAUAGCCCAGGGGGCCAGAUUCACGAAGCAGUUACGCAAGCACUUACGAACCCUGUACAUCUUUUCUCAAUCUUUGGCGGCUUUGUUUACAAUUAUUAAACAGUUAAUGAGCUCCG